UUCAGUGUUCUUAAACCCAGAAACCUUUAUACUAAAUCUUCCACUGAAGCUUCAAUGGCGUGCUUCGUUUCCUUAAGCUUCUCAGUUCCUCUCUGUUCUCUUCAAGUCCUACUCAAGGGUAGAUAUCCAAGGAAAUCAGCUUUAUUCGGACUUCCAGGCCUACCAACCACCAAAACAGCAUCCUAUUUUCCUCCUCCCUGGAGCUCAAACAAAGGCAUUUUUUCCGUCAGUGGUCAACAUCAUCCGACUAUACUGUCAAAGCAUUUUGAUGAAAUUGUUUCAUGUAGUUUGAAUCACAUUGCAAUUUGCAACAAUGUUGGACUUGCUUACACUGAGGUGCUGAAGCUCACAUGGACAAUUCAUGAUCCUCUUGCCUUCUGUCCUGGAAAAUGGGAUCACCAAUCGCAGUUACAACGCCAGAUCGCUUUAAUUAAUUGGCGUACAGCAUUGCCGAAGUUCCGUGUCGGUGCUCCUUGACGAGGGAUGCAGGCUGUUCGGGUUAUAAAGCUCAAAACGGCAAGGCCAUGGUCGGAGCCAGUGGCAGCAACAUUUAUCCUUAUAUCAUUCUAUCAAGAAAAACGUCACAUAGUGCUGCAUUGAUACAGUUGGUCCCAGAGUUUUUGAGGUUUUCAAAAUCAUCCUGUCAAGAAUACCACUGCAGAUUAGUACAAUGGUAUAGUUGAACCCAAAAUUUUGAGGCUUUCAAAAUCACUAUAUGAAGAAACCACAUCACAGACAUACAAUGCUGUAAUGGUUAUGGUUGGUGCAGAAAAUUUGAGUUUUAAUCAGCGUUUGUCCCUUGUACUACCUGAAUAUUUAUGUAUUAUUUUCUUCUUUGGAAGGAAACAUUUUGCGUUGGAGUUUUCUUUCACCCCUUUUCUAU